CGACACAAGGCAAGGUAAAAAUUUCAUUCCGUUUCGAGCAUUCGACGUGUGCGGACGUACCAGCAAGUGUCUUCCCAGUCUCAGUCUCAGUCUCAGUCUCAACUCUCUCACGCAGUCGUGCAACGGGCGUUCAAAGUGUUUGCAGAUCAAUAUUUAUGAAAUAAUCAAAAUAAUCACAAAUCAUAUAUCAAGCCGAUAGAAUGAAAGUGUUUGCCAAGUGUGCAUGGCAAAACAUGGUUAAAUAUUUGCAGAAUGUGCAGCAAUAAACAUGCAGUGCUUCAAAAUUGUGCAUUGAUAGCCAACAGUGCUUAACAACUCGAUAACUGAAGAGAGCAGAGCAGCCCAGUGUUCGCUGCGAUUCAAUAAAGGCUAUAAUCAUAAUCAUUUAUCAUUAUCAAUAUAUAUACACACAUAUAUAUAUACAUAUGUGAGCCAUGGCAGCUGUUCAGAUACAAAAUAUGCCAGCCGCCACAAAUAAAUGGAUUAAAUACAACAACAAUCACACACACAAGCAGUCGACGACGACGACGACGACGCAACUGUGCUGUCAGCUGUCGCUGUUGCUGCCGCUGAUUGCACUCAGCGCAUUGCCGCACGCCAGCAGCAACAGCAUUAAUAGCAGCGGCAGCAGCAGCAGCAGCAAUACAAACAAAAACAACAACGACAACAUUGAAACAUUUGGCGUGCGCAAAGCUCCAUUGGAACUGGAACUGGAGCAGGAGGAGGCCAAUGGCAAUUCGCUGAACAUGAUACAGCGCAACUACAUGAUCAUGCACCCAGCGGGCGCCGCGUCGGCGCACAGCGAUGCGGGCAUCGAUCACAGCCGGUCGCUGAAGCGUGCCUCGUUAACCAACUCGAGCAUCACCUGCAACGAUGGCACCCACGCGGGCUUCUAUCUGCGCAAGCAGCCCAACUCCAAGAAAUGGAUCGUGUUCCUCGAGGGCGGCUGGCACUGCUUCGACAAUCGUUCGUGCCGUGCGCGUUGGCUGCGUCUGCGCCAUCUGAUGACCUCCUCCCAGUGGCCAGAGACAAGAGAUGCUGGUGGCAUUCUGUCUCCGCAUGCCGAGGAGAACCCCUACUGGCACAAUGCCAACCAUGUGCUGGUGCCCUACUGCAGCAGCGACUCCUGGUCGGGCACGCGCAUCGAGCCGGACACACGAGAUCGCGAUAACACCUGGCGCUUCAUGGGCGCUCUGAUACUGCGCCAGGUGAUUGCCGACCUGAUACCCUUGGGUCUGGGCCGUGUGCCCGGCGGCGAGCUGCUGCUGGUGGGCUCCUCUGCAGGUGGACUCGGCGUCAUGCUCAACCUGGAUCGCGUGCGCGACUUUCUGGUCAACGAGCGCAAGCUGCAGGUGACAGUGCGAGGCGUCAGCGAUUCGGGUUGGUUUCUAGAUCGUGAGCCAUAUACACCAUCGGCUGUGGCCUCCAGCGAAGCAGUGCGUCUGGGCUGGAAGCUGUGGCAGGGCUUGUUGCCCGAGGACUGCACCAAGGCGCAUCCCACAGAGCCUUGGCGCUGCUACUUCGGCUAUCGCCUGUAUCCCACACUGAAAACUCCACUCUUUGUGUUCCAGUGGCUCUUCGAUGAGGCGCAAAUGCGCGCCGACAAUGUGGGCGCGCCCGUCACGCCCCAGCAAUGGAACUAUAUACACGAGAUGGGCGGCGCACUGCGCUCCUCGCUGGACAAUGUGAGCGCCGUGUUCGCGCCCAGCUGCAUUGGCCAUGCGGUGCUGCUGAAGCGCGACUGGGUCAACAUCAAGAUCGACGACAUCUCGCUGCCCUCGGCGCUGCGCUGCUGGGAGCACUCGACGCGGCCGCGACGCAAGCGACACGACAAGCUGAAGCGCAGCACGGAGGCUACGACAACGGCGCUGCAGCAACAGCAGCAUCAGCAGCGACAUCCGAAUGCGAAUAACCAAAGACAUCAACGCCAUCGCCAGCGGGCACAGAAGCUGAACAAUGUGGCACAGGUGCCGCCGGCUCCGCAGCGCAAAAGGAAUCACCUGAGCAAAGAGCAGCGCGAGGAGCGCAAGCGUCGCCGUCAAGAGCGACAGCGACGUAAGCAGCGACGUCGCCAGGAGCAGCUGCAGCGCAAGCGCGAGAACGAGGCAGCGGCCAGCAACAGCAGCAAUAAAAACAGCAACAAGCAGCGUCGCCGUCCACAGCUGACCGCUGAGCAGCAGCUGCAGCGCAAGCAGCAGCGCCAGCAGCGACGCAAGCAGCAACAGCAGCUGCAGCAGGAGCAGCCGAGCGAGCCGCAGAAGCGACGAGCUUCCAACAGCGCCACCAAGCUGAAGCCGCGACAGCGUGUGCCUCGCGUGCCCGAGAAGUGUGGACUGCGGCUGCUGGAGCGUUGCAGCUGGCCGCAGUGCAACCACUCGUGCCCCACGCUCACGAAUCCGCUGACCGGCGAGGAGAUGCGCUUCCUCGAACUGCUCACCUCCUUCGGUCUGGACAUCGAAGCCGUGGCCGCAGCACUCGGCGUCGAUAUGCACACGCUGAACAACAUGGAACGAACGGAGCUGGUGAAUCUGCUCACGCAGCAGGUGAGCUGAAGGAGCAGCGUCAUUAGGUUUUACUACAUAGAUACCCUGUAAAUAGUUGGCCUGUAUAUAGAUAUAGCCAUAGACUGUAUAGCCACAUAUAUAUAUUUGUAUAUGUAUAUAUGCAUAUAUCGGAGCUAUUCCAAUUCCUAAACCAAGCAAAAGACAUGCGCAUAGUACCCAGUUAUUAAGCAGAAUUUAUUUAUAUACAUAAAUAUACAUAUAAACAAACACACACUCACACGCACGCACACAUACGCAUACAGAUGUAAUACUGUGCGUAUACGUAAUUCAUAUUUAUUCAUUCGAGAAACUAACACAAAUGCAACCACAAGACUGUUUUUUAUGUUUUCUAUACAUAAACAUAAUAUAAAUUUUUUUUUUUUUUUUGUAAUUAACUAAAAAUUAAAAUCGUAUUUAUAUAUAAUUAUUUAUAAUAUAGAAGACAGCAGCUGUAUGUAUGUAUGUAUGUAUGAAGGCAGCAAGACUGUUUCAAUGCCAAGUUUAUAAACAACAACAAAAUGGAAAAGAAAAGAAAAGAAAACCAAUACUAUAGCAGUUUACAUAAAAUAUAUAUGAAUAUGAAAAAUUCAAGCUUACAAAUUACCUACCUCAGGAGAACAGAGAACCAUGAGAAAUUAUUAGAACCAGCUGCCUUGAAUAGCAUUGCGAUUUGUACCUGUGCAAAUUAAAUCAAAUAAUUAAUUAACAUUAUUUAUUUAUGUACUUUAGCAACAUUUAUUUUUUAUUAUUGAUAUUUUUUUGUUUAGUUAUGCGCAUUCCGUUCAAAAUAAUUGUACUUAACUUAAUCUUAUAAUUAACUGGCAACAAUGAAGCAAACCGAACAACUCGAAUAUUAUUAUUUAUAUGUAUAGUCUAUAAACUAAAUGUAAUAUAGAAAUAUAGAUAUAGCUAGAUAUAUAGCUAAACCAUAUGUCAUAGAAAUCAAUAUUAAUUAGCUUGUACAGAAACGGUUAAAGUUUAGACUAAGAAUUGUUGUGCUUAAAUUAAGCUAAGUUAGAACUUUAAAAAUAGCAACUACAAAAAAAUAUGAGUCGAACAAACAGCUAAAAUCAUUGUUAUAAUUUGCAUUUACAUAGAAACAAAACAGUUAAAAAA